CCCUUAUCUGGCCGAUAGUUAUGUCACUUGGAAUUAUUUUGGUCUUAACGAUCCAACCGGCAUAGAUUUUCCGGUCUCCAAAACCAAAACUACUCUGAGUCCUCUCUAGGAUUCGGGACACACCUGAAGCAGCAGAAGGACCAUGUCAACGGCCGUGCUGGGAGGCGGCCUGAGCGGUCUGUCCGCCGGAUACUACUUGUUGCGGCGGUUCAAGAAGCCGUUGACGAUCUACGAAGCCUCUCCACGAGUGGGCGGAUGGGUACGGUCAGAGAACCGCAAAGACCGGAAUUUCAUCUUCGAGAGCGGACCACGCACCAUCCGCCCUGUUGGCUUGCCAGGAGCCAAUACUCUGGAACUGGUGGAGGAGCUAAAACUGGAGGUGACUCCAAUCCGGAGAAGUCAUGUGGCAGCCCGAAACCGAAUGCUAUACGCCAAGGGACAACUCUGCAUGCUGCCCAACGGUCCAAAGGGACUUUUUGGCGUCCUUCCUCCUUUCACGAAGCCGCUUUACAGGGCUGUUUUGAAGGACCUGAUCACUGCGAGCAAGAAGGCCAAGCUGGAGGACGAAAGCAUUUACAGCUUCGCAGAGCGACGAUUUGGAAAGGAGAUAGCCGACUACGCCAUUAGCCCCAUGAUAUGUGGUAUUUGUGCUGGAGAUGCCCGCGAGAUUAGUGUCCGCUUCCUGAUGGAGGGACUCUUCGAGAAGGAGCAGAAGUAUGGAGGAGUACUCAAAGGCACACUUUUUUCCCGCUUUCAAGAAAAGAAAAAUGACUCAAAAGAGGGCAUCUUUGCACAAGGUCAGCCCAAGCUUUAUACCCAGGCGCUUGAGGAGAAGUGGGCCAUGUACGGACUGCAAGGCGGACUUGAGAACCUGCCCAAAGCCAUGCGAAAGUACCUCGGCGAGCAGGAUGUCAACGUGCAGCUGAGCAACGAGUGCCGCAAUCUGAGUUUUAGCACCUCUGGCGUCCGGAUGAACAUCAAGGAUGCCGAAGUGCCAGUGGAGCAUGUGGUCAGUUCUCUGCCCGCUUUUAAGCUGGCGCCACUGGUAAAGCAUCAACAUCCAUCGCUUAGCGCCCAGUUACUAGACAUUCCGUACGUGGAUGUGCUGGUGGUGAACAUGCAAUUUCAAGGGAAGAUUCUUAAGCAGGAUGGCUUUGGACUGCUGGUGCCACCCGUGGAGAAGUUGCCAAUACUCGGUGUGAUUUUUGACAGCUGCUGCUUUGAAAUGGGCGAAAACACGGUGCUCACUGUUAUGAUGGGCGGCCAUUGGUUCGACCAGUGGUUCGGCAAUCGACCCAGCCCAAAGCAGAUCCUCGACUUGGCCACCAGACAGGUGCAGAAAAUCCUGCAGAUCCGCGAAGAGCCCAAGUUUAGCCGAGUGCACACGCUGCACAAAUGCAUCCCGCAGUACACCGUGGGCCACAAGCGUCGCGUCGAGGCCAUCCGGAAUUACAUAAAAACUUACAAGCUGCCACUGUCUCUUUGCGGAGCUGCCUACGAUGGAGUCGGCAUCAAUGACGUCAUUCUGUCCGCCCGUCGACAGGUGGAGGCCUUGCCUUUAUCCUAAAACAACCAUUCCCCUGUAGCUCAAACUCUUUUUCCAUAGGUGAUUCGGUUGUAUUUUUUGCUUAAGCUGGUUUUGUGAGUAGUAAAGUAGGUCCUUUGUACAUAGA